AUGCCCCGCCUGCCGCUCCCCCUCGCUGCCCCCCGCCUCAGGUUCGCUGCCCGCUCCUUCGCCACCGUCGACGCAGCCUCCAGCACACCAGCCCCGCCCCCCAGGCGCAAGUUUCCCAAGCUCGACGACGACCUCUCCUUCGACGACUUUUUGUCGGGCGAUAUCCCCACCGAGAACGAGCGUGUCGUCCUGGGAAACACAAAACAGCCCCGGCUGCCCUCUUUCCUCAAGCACCCCAUUCCCACAGGCGCAUCUUAUAGCGGUAUCAAGAAAGAUCUCCGAGGUCUUGGACUGCAUACUGUCUGCGAAGAGGCCAAAUGCCCCAACAUCGGUGAAUGCUGGGGCGGUGGAAAGGGUGCCGCGACAGCGACCAUCAUGUUGAUGGGUGAUACCUGUACUCGAGGAUGUCGAUUCUGCUCCAUCAAGACUUCGAAAGCACCUUCGCCACUGGAUGUGCAUGAGCCCGAGAACACUGCCGAGGCCAUCAGCCGAUGGGGUCUUGGUUACAUUGUGCUGACAAGUGUCGAUCGUGACGACUUGAUCGAUGGUGGUGCCGCCCAUAUCGCGUCCACGAUCUCCAAAAUCAAACAAAAAGCUCCCAGCAUCCUUGUUGAAGCCCUUACCCCCGAUUUCGCCUCAAAAGGCGUCGACACCAUCCACACCGUGGCGUCCUCUGGUCUCGACGUCUUUGCUCACAACAUUGAGACGGUCGAAAGAUGUACGCCGUUUGUCAGAGAUAGGAGAGCAGGCUUCGAGCAGAGUCUGAGAGUGCUGGAGGAGGCAAAGAAGGGAGCGAAGGCGGCCGGGAAAGAGAUCUUGACGAAAUCCAGUAUCAUGAUGGGUGUGGGAGAGAGGGAGGAGGAGCUUCACGAGGCUUUGAGACGCAUCGCAGGGCUGCGUCAAUCUGAUGUGGACGUUGUCACUUUCGGCCAAUACAUGCGUCCCACAAAACGACACAUGAAGGUCGACCGAUAUGUCGAGCCUGAAGAGUUUGCCAAGUGGAAAGAGGUCGCCGAGAAGAUGGGCUUUUUGUAUGUCGCGGCCGGACCGCUUGUGAGGUCGAGUUACAAGGCCGGAGAGUUCUUCAUCGAGAAUGUGCUCAAGAAGCGACGUGAGGCUGCUGCCGAGAAGGCCACUGCCCAGUUGUCUGCUUCUUCCGCUGCUUCUUCAGAGGUCGCCGCCGAGAUCUAG